UCGGUUUUAAACAUUUCAUUUUUUUUUCAUUUCUCGUUUUUGAUUUCUCGAAAAAACACUUCAAUUUUUUUUUUGCUUUCUCUCAGCCGAUUUCAAUCGUUGAUCUUUUGAUUAAACCAAAAAUAAUCAAAUCAAAUAGUGAAUUAAGAUGAUGAAUGGUAAUAAUCCAAUUGUAAAUGAUGUUGAAGAUAUUAAAACGGUUACAUAUUUUCAAAAUCAACCAAUUCAACAACAAUGGUUUAUGAUUGUAAGUCAUGGUAAAAUACCGAUGUUCAAUGCACCUGAACAACGUUAUCGACGACAAGCUGAAUUAAAAUCGAUUGCAAAAUCCAUACAAAUGGAUCCUGAUCGUCGUAAAUUAAUGAUGAAAAUAACCAAUAAUGAUAAUGAUGAACAACAUUCAUUGGAAUUGAAAUUUUAUUCACCAAAUGAUUAUCGUUUUGAAUAUUCUAUUGAUUGUCGUCGUAUUGAUCUGUUUCGUCGUUCGAAAAAAGAUCGUACAUAUUUUUAUUUUACAUUAGAAUGUAAUAUUGGAACAAACA